AUGGCUACUGGACAAAAGAGCCACAGGUGGGCUUUGACCUGUGGGUGCUCCUUCAGCUUGGCCCUGGCUCGAUCGCUCUUCCUCUCCAUCACUCUUCUCCUCCUCAGCGCUUCGGCUGCAGACGAGUAUGACUACUACAGCUGGCAGUCAGACAACUUCCACAACGGACGCUUCUACACCAAACAGCCCCAGUGCGUGGACAUACCUGCAGACUUGAGGCUGUGUCACAAUGUGGGUUACAAGAAGAUGAGGCUGCCCAACCUGCUUGACCACGAGACCAUGCCAGAGGUGAAGCAGCAGGCAGGCAGCUGGGUACCACUGUUGGCCAAGCGGUGCCAUGCAGACACACAAGUCUUCCUCUGCUCCCUCUUUGCGCCUGUGUGCUUGGACAGGCCCAUCUACCCAUGUCGGUCCCUGUGCGAGGCAGUGAGGAACAGCUGUGCACCGGUCAUGGAGACGUACGGCUUCCCCUGGCCUGAGAUGCUGAACUGUGACAAGUUUCCGAUCGACAAUGACCUCUGUAUCCCCAUGCAGUUUUCAGUGGAGCAUGCCACACAGCCACCAGUGUCCAAGGUUUGUCCUCCAUGUGAUAAUGAGAUGAAGGCGGACAACAUCAUGGAGCAUUAUUGCGCCAGUGACUUUGUGCUAAAGAUGAAGGUCAAGGAGGUGAAGAAAGAGAAAGGGGACAAGAAGCUAAUAGCUGCUCAGAAGAAGAAGAAGGUCUUGAAGCAGGGGUCUUUGAGAAAGAAGGACCUGAAGAAACUCACGCUGUACAUAAAAAAUGGAGCUAACUGCCCCUGCUCGCAGCUCGACAGCCUGGGAUCAAACUUCCUCAUCAUGGGACGCAAGGUGGACCAGCAGCUCCUCGUCAUGUCCAUUCACAAGUGGGACAAGAAAAGCAAAGAGCUCAAGUUUGCCAUCAAGUACAUGAAGUCUCACCAGUGCCCCACCUAUCACACUGUGUUCCAAUGA